AUGGAAGAUCUGGACGAUACUCCAACAAAUCUCGCAAAGCCACUAUCGUCUGCAACGAUCACUGUCCGCAUCGUCAAGUCGUUUGAGUACAGGGUGGCAAAGGCGCUGGUGUUGCAUGAUCUCGAUUUGGAGAAGACAACAGUUGGAGAUUUGAAACAAAAAGCAAGAGAAGCAAUAAAGACUCUGCCCGGAUGGAAGCCAUAUCGAACCUUGGACUUGGACACCUUGAAACUAUACACAAAAGCUCAUGGGGCUAAAACCACUAAUCUUAUCAUAAAUUUGGAUCACGACGAAUGGAUACUGGAGGACGAGAAUGCAUUUCUCGCCAAUAUUGGGUUUGAGAACGAGACAGAAGUCAGCUUCUUCAACCGUGCUGACUACAACACAUUCAAAGCGUCUCCAGAGGUCAAAUGGGAUUAG